AUGCAGUUCUUCCAGCUUGCUCUCUUCGGCCUUGCUGCCAUGGUCUCUUGCUGCAACGACCUUGGUGGAGUUUGGCAGUUCGGAAACGAUUGCCGUGCCAGCUCCAUCUCCGAGCACCUCCGAGGAUUCGAUCUCUGCUGCAAGGGCCAGGGCUCCGACUGCGACUACCCUCACAAGCGAGAUGAGGCUUACUGGGCGAAUGUUGAGUCGUCUUAA